ACGUCUUAACAAUUGCAAAUCUAUUGUCCAAACUCUCUCUACGUUCUAUACUCGUGUCCCAUCGAUUUCUACACACUUUUUUUGCUCCCUCGAAUCCAAAACCUAAAAACGACGCGAGUAUCAAUUUGCAGACAAAACUACUUUCGUGACUGUCAAUCUCUGUUUCACUAAUUAUUGUUGUUAAUCACUUCUCCUACCGUCAUGGAACCGCAAGCUCCGUCGUUAACUCCGAUGAUCCGUCUUCUCUGUAGCUACGGUGGCCGGAUAAUGCCUUUCCCUCCGGCAAAUUCAUUGCAAUACAUAGGCGGCGAGACGCGCAUCGUCGCCGUUCCUCGUGACAUCUCCUUUACUAACUUCUACGAGCUUCUCUCCGGUAAGCUUCUCUCUGGCCGUUCCUUCUCCCUCAAGUAUAGACUCCCUGGCUGUGACCUCGACUCUCUCAUCACCGUCGAUAACAACGAUGAUCUGCAGAACAUGAUCGCCGAGUAUGAUUCCUCUAGUCUCCGGCGUAUCCGUCUCUUCCUCUUCCCGUUAAACCAUUCUGAGUCAACUCGAUGUUCCGUGUCGGUUAACCGGUUACUCGGUCUCGAAUCGCCGGUCCAGAAAACAUCCUUCACCUCUUCGUCUUCCGUUCACCCUAUCCCGAUUUUCCCGCCAAAUAAUAGUCCGACGAAACGUGUAGAUCACGGCAAGUUCGAUGAGGAGAAUUUGAUAAAAGACGAGGCUCAUAAAACCACCGCCUCUUUGUUUUCGCCGGAAAACACAGCCGUCGAUGCCAUCGGAGGAGUUUCAGAUACAGAGACAGAGAAAGCAGAGGUUCAAGAUAAAUCUCGAACAAUUGUUCAAGAGCCUUUGCAGCAGCAGCAGCAGCGGUUAAUGGUGCCGGUACUCUACUAUGUACCAGUGUGGUCGAUGCAGCCACAGAUGGUUACUCAGCCAGUGAACGCUUACCCAUUGUCUCCGGCGACGGAAUAUUCUUCUGGGUUAGAUCCGUUGCCGGGAAAUAAGGAAAACGGGACCUGAAUGGAGUUUUCUUUCAC